AUGUCAGGCGAUGAACAUGAGCCAGAGGUCCCCGCAGCGCUCGAGCCGGAAGUUGACGCACACGCUGUGCAGCCAGCUGCAGUCGCAGGCGCAGUCCUAGUACAAGCGACAGUACCGAUGCCAGGACCACUCAGAACGAAAGGAUCGUUAUCCCAGAACUGGAGAGAGUGGCAGCAGGUUUGGAAUUCCUAUGAAAUAGUGGCGCGACUCAAUUCCCAGACAGAUGAUUACCGUCUGGCGACGUUCAUAACUUGUAUUGGGCAUGCAGGACUGAGAAUAUAUAACAGCUUGCCGUUCGCGAACAAUGCAGAGAAGAGAGAUAUGGCCAAGGUAUUGGAGCUAAUGGAGGUCCACUGCAUUGGGGAAACAAACGUGACGUAUGAGAGAUUUCUCAUGGAUAGGAGACAACAACAGCCAGGUGAGACAUUUGAUACGUUCCUAACAGCAGUAAAGGAAAUGGCGCACAGAUGUCAGUUUGGAGAUAAAACUGAUGAAAUGUUGAGGGACAAAAUUGUCUUUGGAGUUCUUGAUGAUAGCCUGAGGAAGCAAUUGCUUCAGAAGAAGGGGUUAACUCUAGCAUCCUGUGUAGAUGUGUGUAGAGCACAUGAAGCAACUGUGAAACAAAUGAAGGAUAUGGGAGCAAAUGGAGAUGAUGAUGUACAUGUAGUUAGAUGCUACAAGAAGAUGGUGAAGUCCAAGCCUGGGAAGACAGCAGGACAACCAAGAACACCUGACAAGUCCAGAUAUGAAUGCAGUUACUGUGGAUUGAAACAUGCAAGAGGACGAAAUAACUGUCCAGCAAAUGGGAAGAAAUGUAGCAAGUGCAGCAAGAUGAAUCAUUUCGCGAGGAAAUGUAGAUCAGGCACAGCAGACAAGAAAACAGUCCAUUGCACACAACAGAGUAGUGAUGAAGACGAUCUGUUGUCAUUGACUCUUACUCAGGAAGAAGGGGUCAAUUCGGUGCAAGGGUAUCAGAAACAGAUAUUUGCAUUGAUGGAAGUGGGUGGAAGAAACGUCAAGUUUCAGUUAGACACUGGAGCAACGUGUAAUGUCAUUCGCAAAGAAGAUGUGCCACCAGGAACAAAAAUUGAGCCCACCGAGCAACAAUUGUCUAUGUUUAACAAGACCAAGCUCAAAGCAGAAGGCAAAUGCAAUAUUUCUCUACGAAACCUGAAGAAUCACAAGAAGUACAGGGGCAGCUUUGUUGUUGUUGAAGGGGUGACAUCCUCUAUCAUCGGAGCUAGGUCUGUACAACAAAUGGGGUUAAUAGAAAUCAAGUAUGACAAGAUACGAGCAAUGGAGGACCAGAGGAGAGACCAGCAACAAAGAGAUAUUGAUCACCCAGGACUGACAUUGGCAGAUCUGACUGCACGAUUCAAGAAUGUAUUUGAGGGUGAAGUAGGUCGACUGGGCGAGAAGUUGCGAUUUGAAGUUGAUGAGACGGUGCAACCAGUACAGUUGCCAGUCCGAAGAGUUGCGGUUGCAAUGAAACCUAAGCUGAAAUCAGAAUUGGAGAGACUGGAAAACCUGAAAAUAAUUGAGAAGCAAGAAGCACCAACGAAAUGGGUGUCGCACAUGGUUGUGGUUCGGAAGCCAAACAAUCACAUCAGAAUAUGCUUAGAUCCAAAGCCUCUCAAUAAAGCUUUGCAGAGGAGUCACUACCAGAUGCCAACACUCGAGGAAGUUCUCCCUCAGUUGAGCAAAGCAAAGGUCUUUACUGUGGCAGACGCAAAGAAUGGCUUUUGGCAUGUAGAAUUGGAUCAAGCAGCAAGUGAGAUGACCACCUUUGGAACCCCUUUUGGUCGCUAUAGGUGGAAGAGAAUGCCCUUCGGCAUAAAUAUCGCACCAGAGGUCUUCCAAAAACGAAUUCGUGAUGCCGUAGAAGACCUACCGGGAAUCUGGGCAUUGGCAGAUGAUAUAUUGAUUACUGGUGACGGAGAUACAAAGGAGGAGGCGAUUAAAGAUCAUGAUCAGAAGUUAAUUCGUUUCCUGCAAAGAUGUGAAUCAAGAGGAAUCAAGCUGAACAAGGAGAAAUUUCGGUUGAAGCUAGAUAACGUCAAGUACAUGGGUCAUAUAUUGACCAACGAAGGAGUCAAACCAGAUCCAGCAAAGAUCCAAGCAAUAGUUGAAAUGGACAAACCCAAGGAUGUAGCUGGGGUGCGGAGGAUAAUGGGUAUGGUGAACUACCUUGCCAGGUAUUUGAAAAACCUGACAGACGUGACAGAACCGCUGAGACAGCUUACUCAUAAGGAUGCGGAGUUUGUAUGGACAACAGUCCAAGAUGAGGCAUAUCAGAAGAUGAAAGACGCAGUGACAAAAGCACCACUUUUGAGGUACUUUGAUCCCAGGGAGCAAGUGACGUUGCAGUGUGAUGCAUCCAGCCAAGGGUUGGGAGCAACACUACUCCAAUCUGGACAACCUGUUGCUUACGCAAGUAGAGCAUUGAGAGAUCCUGAGACAAGGUAUGCGCAAAUAGAAAAGGAGCUUUUGGCAAUAAUUUAUGGUCUGGAAAAAUUCGAUCAAUAUGUCUAUGGACUACCAGUCAUUGUGGAAUCGGAUCAUAAACCAUUGGAGAUGAUACAGCAGAAACCACUAGCAGCAGCUCCGAAGCGUUUACAAGCAAUGCUGUUGAGACUACAACGGUACGAUGUGACAGUGAAAUACAAACAAGGAAGUGAAAUGUAUAUAGCAGAUUUGCUAUCGAGAGCCUACCUCAAGGAUGAGACAGGAGGCAGUGAGGGGGAAAUUCUCACAAUUGAAGAAGACAACGAGAUUUCGCAGGCUACAGGAGGAAGUCUGGCAGUUUCAGAGGAAAGACUGAAUCAGAUAAAGGAAGCGACAGCAAGAGAUGAGACAUCGACAGAGCUAAAGAAGGUGAUACUAGAGGGAUGGCCAGAAACAAAGCACAAGAUAUCGAGUCUCAUAAAACCGUACUAUGGUGUCAGAGAUGAAUUAGCUGUUCAGAAUGGACUAAUUUUUCGAGGAGAGAGAGUUGUAGUUCCUCAGAGUAUGAGAGCUCUAAUGUUACAACGAAUACACUCAUCACACAUGGGGGUAAACAGCUGCAUACGAAGAGCCAAAGAUAACCUCUAUUGGCCAGGCAUGAGUUCACAAGUCAAGGACAGAGUAGAAAGAUGCGAAACAUGUAGAAAGUUUGAGACUACGCAACAGAAAGAGAGCUUGAAACCACACUUCAUUCCAGAACGACCAUGGGUGAAGUUAGGAGCAGAUUUGUGUAGUUUUGCUGAUCAUGAAUACCUUGUCAUUGCAGACUACUUAAGCAGUUUUAUAGAGGUGGACCGUCUAGAAAAGACAACAUCAGGUGCAGUGAUUCGAGCACUAAAGAAACAGUUUUCAAGACAUGGUAUUCCAAAUAAGCUUAUCACUGAUAAUGGCCCACAAUUUGUGUCUAAGGCAUUUGAGGAAUUUGCACAAAACUGGGAAUUCAAACACACAACAUCAAGCCCGGGAUAUCCGAAGAGCAAUGGAAAGGCAGAGAGUGCGGUCAAAGUAGUGAAAACACUCAUGAAGAAAGCAGCAGAUGCUAAGACGGAUUUUUGGCUUGCAUUAUUGGAAUAUCGCAACACUCCCACCGAGGGUGUCCGGUUGAGUCCAGCACAGAGAUUGUAUAAUAGAAGAACAAGGACAUUGCUUCCAGCAAAGGACACAACACUACAUCCAAAGAUGGUGGAAGGUGCUGCAAAAGCAUUAGUGGCACGCCAAGAGAAACAAGUUGAAAGAUACAACAGACGGGCAAAGGAUUUACCAUCAUUGGAGCUGGGAGAGGUAGUAAGAGUACAGCCAUUGACAGGCAAGAGCAAACCAUCACAAUGGAAAAAGGCGGUGAUUACUAAAACUCUACCCAACCGUUCGUAUGAGCUCAAUACGGAGUCAGGCAAAUCAUUCAGACGAAAUAGAGUUCAUCUAAAGAAGACAAAGGAAAGUCCACCAAAGCAAUGUGAUAGCACAAGUCAAGGUGACGAAGAACCAACUCAAAUUCGGCUAACAGUGAAACCGAAAGACCAAACAGUAAGACCAACAGCAAAAGAAAUGACAGUGAAACAAGUACCCAAAGAAGAGGGAUUGCGACCAGCAAGAGUUACUAGAAGUGGUCGAGAGGUGAAAGUGCCGAAAUAUCUGAAGGACUAUGUUUGUUAUAAGUAGUUCGAAUUGCGUUGAGUUUGUAGAACACUCUAGGAAGUUCUUUUCUUUUUUGUUUUUAAAGAAAAGGGGAUGUAGGGUAGACUAAAUAGUGUGAGUAUACGGGACCUGUUGAUAUAUAAUUCUAUGGUUGUCUGCUUGAGACUGAACACGUUACAAGACUGAGAACGGUACAAUCUGGUCAAUGGGAAGGCUACAUUGACUGGCUCUAAGUGAUUGGUUUCAAAAUUGUAUUGUGCUACAUGUUGCUGCACUGUCUAGCUGUGAUAAUAUGGUAGCAUCUCAAUGUCAUGAGUGGAAAGUGCCAUGUCAGCAAGACAUAAUGAAGAAAUGAUGGUAUUGUGUUCUUUUGUUGUGUUACCUAGGAAGAUAUUAAAAGUAAGCAUGUUUACGACUAUUCAUCUGACAGUACUGUAAAUCAAGAAAAUUUCGCCAUUUAAUAAAUUGCACCUUUUUGCCUUUCAAACACUUGUCAGAUUUUAUUUGCCUAUGUGAAUGAAACGUUUAGACUGCUACUGCUACUGUAAUUUUUGACAAGUGUAGCAGUUCAACUGUUGUAACGUAUCUGACAGAAAGCCAAUGUUCUCUUGCGCUUAGAAACAUGAUCUCACCUCUUUGUUUCAUUUUUUG